AUGGAUCUCCUACGGACCUCGAACGCGGGUAGCGUUGCCCCUGUUCUGGAGUGGCGUAUCGAAGACGCCGAACCGGACCAAGGAAGCGUUACAAGCCGACUUACCAAACAAUGCGUCUCAGUCUUCCGGAAGGCCAUGAAGAAGCUCCCGAAGGAGACAGCAAUGUCACAGGAAACAUUUCGGCGGCUUGAGAGGAGCUGCAGCUCCCUGAUACUAUGGGAUUCAGGGUACGAUGUUGCGAAAGGCGGGUUGGACGACGUCUUGGAAAAGUCGAGGACGCUGCAUCGCUCCGCCCUGGGACAUCUGAUUAAUAUCAGCACAGCACUUGCAGAUGGCCUGCCAUACCUGAUCAAUCAUCUAAAAGACGAGGAGCUCGGCCCUUACCGAGCUUUGAGCUCUACCGCUGCAGAAGCCAUGACAAGCAUGCACGAAGGCUACCAAGAUGGUUCCGACACCGACAACAGUGAUAGUGACUCGUCUAUCCCCUUCUCCAGCGACUGGGAUGAACUUGCUGAAGACAUAUGGACUGACGUACAAUGCCUCCUGGACCUCGAUGCCUUGAUCAAAUCCCCGGCCCCAGACAUCGUCCAGGUCAGCCGAGACAAUCAGAAAGCAUCAGUGGAGUGGAAACCCCACGUGGUUUAUACCGAUCGCAUCAGAGCCAGAUUCCCGCGCGCUGAUCCGAGCUUGGCUGACCGACUCGGACGUGCUAACUGGGAACGCUUCCUUAAGGGGAAUGCAGACCGGGAGAAAAACGAGAAGGGGGGUUUUGAGUCUUCUGGCAUCGAUGCCGCUGGGACAAUUGCGGAUUGUACCGAGCCCGUUUCCAAGUUCCACGAUUCCGGCCUUGGAACAUCUAUUAACACGGGAAGUGCGUACGCAGAGACCGUGAUGUCUUACCGCAGGGAGGGAGGGCAGUCUGUCCAGAUACCUCCACUUCCAAAAGAAGCGAAACAGGGGAAGCCGUUUGAGUGUGUUGCGUGUGGCCGGAAGCUAGUCAUAACGGACAGUUCUGCUUGGAAGAAACAUCUUUACAUGGACCUUUGUCCUUGGAUGUGCCACGAGCUGGACUGUACCUACGGCACCCAGCCUUUCCGGAACCAGGAAGGCUGGAUCCAGCACCUCGGCCUCGAACACGGUUUGUAUCCGGAAUGGAAGAGCUUCGCUUGUCCCAUAUGCCACGAAAACACCGGCAAUGGCAAAAUUGCUAUCACUCGCCAUCUAUCAAACCACAUGGAGGAGAUCUCACUCGCGGCGCUUCCGGCUGGAAUCGAGAUGGACGAUGAGUCCGACUCAUAUAGCGAUGAUACAUCGGCAACUAGUCACGACGGCCCUCCGCCUGGUCCCUCGAAUCCGUCACCCCCCCUCCAACCAGCCAUGUCAGCUAUCGUGAGCGACCCUCCGUUGCACUCUCCCGCCCGCCCUGGGGGGGAGGACGGUCACAGGAGAGCAUAUCAAAGCAAAUGGGAUGCCUAUCAAGCUGACGAGAAGCGAUAUAAGGUUGAGAAGAAGUGGGACCGCUUUCCCAAAGGAUCCAGGGUUUAUAUUGGGAACCUCCCAUGGGGUAAAGCCACUAAGCGAGAUGUCUUCGACCUGUUCCAUCACUAUGGCCGUGUUGCGAAAAUAUCAUUCGAGUUGGCCUACGGAGUCGUCCAGUAUCACACCCUGGAGGAGGCCCAAGCUGCUGUAGAGAGCCUGCAGGGCGCUGAUCUCAAAGGCCGUAAGAUACACCUCGAGUUCUCACGCAAUGAGAAAAAGAAGAGCAAGAACGAGCUGGCUACACCCAAGUCCGAGUUCUUCCGCCCUGAGAAGGAGACCAAGGAUGAGCUGGUGAGCAAGGAUGAGCUGGCGACGCACAAGUCCGUCACAUUCGAGCUGCUUCUCACGGACUCUCCCCAAUCCCGCGCGCGCCUGCCGAUGCGGGUUCGGAUAUAUCCCCAUGACACCGCCGACGCUAUUGUUAAGACGAUCAGGAAUUUCUAUGGCAUCUACUCUGACCCCACGUCCUCUAAGGGUAUCAAGUUUGAGGACGAACAAGGGAACACUCUGAUGGCUCGAUACGAGGACUUCCAGAACAAUACGGUAGUUUACGUCAGGGUCAUCGAAGAGCCCUUAGCGAAGACUCGUAUCGUCAGCGCAGCCCCAGCCCAUAUGGACGAGGCUAGGCGGUCGACGAGGGCAGGGUACAAGUUCGACCUUAUCGUAUGCACCAACGUCCUCGCGCACAUUGGCCCCCAUACCCACCAACAGCUCAUUACCGAAUGGGCUGAGUACCUCAACCCAGGUGGCGGGCAUAUGCUCAUCCCUCGCCCCGACUACUCCGACGCCACGGAUGUCGACGUGCAGGGGUCGGUUAUGGGGCCGGUCAAGUCGCAACACGGGCUGAUUGAGGACGGUACUUCGUACUCCUCGCCCAACAUGGCGGGUCUCCACCUUGUCCCGAUCCCCAUCGCCGUCACCCUCAUCUCCUUUGCCAUUAUCGCCACCCCUUUCAUCCCCGCUGUCUGGGUUUGGAUAACCGUUACCGGCAUAUCGCAACUCAUCCGUCGACAGGAACAACCAUGGCAAGUCGCCAAAACCAUAGGCCGCUGGAUCGGCCUUAGCGUUAUACUGCCAUGGGUGGCCAUCCUGAUUCUCUGCCUGAUGGUCGUGGCCCAAGUUUUGUUGACGCCUCUCUUUCUCGUCCACCAACUCCGCGACCUCCGCGAGACCAUCACAUGGUUUUUUAUUCACCUCGAUCUCGCCCAGCGACUAGACAGCAUCCCAACCCCGACCCCGAACAGCACCCCCAUAGACACAUCAUCCCUCCCACCAUACACCUUCACCCCCCUCCCCUCCACAUCCCCAACCGCCAUGCGCCUCCUCACCAUCCACCCCGACACCCCCAUCGCUCCCAUCCGCGGCACCAUCUCCACAACCACCCUCUCCUCCUCCCCAACCUACGACGCCCUCUCCUACACCCGCCCCACCACCACCACCUCCACACCAACCCCCCAUAACCACCACAACAACACCCUCCUCCUCCUCACCACCCCCAACCCCCCAACAGCCCCCCAAGCGAGCACCACCACCUGGGCAACCCUCCCCCUCCCGCCCCCCUGCGCCGCCGCCCUCCGCCGCCUCCGCCACCCCACCAAACCGCGCCGCGUCUGGGUCGAUGCCGUGUGCGUCAACCGCGCCGAUGCGGCGGAAAAGUCGCGCCAGGUCGCUGCCUUGGACGAGAUCUACUGUGCUGCGCGGCGGGUGGUGGUGGAUGUCGGGGAGCGGGGGGAGGGGUCGGAUGGGUUGUUGGAGUGGGUUAAUGGGUUGCCACUAGGGGAGGUGGUGGGGGAGGGAAGGGAGGGGAGUUUGUUGGGGGUUGGGGCUGGGGUUGGUGGGAGGGAGAAUGGAGGAGGGAUGCAGAGGGGGGUGGGGAGGGUGUUUAGGGAGUGGGUGGGACGAGUUGGAGGGGAGGUCAUGCAGCAGAGGGCGGAUGAGGUGAUGGGUGGGCUGGAGCGAGUGGCGAGGGUUUGGAGGAGGAGGGGGGCCAGAGCGUGGGAGAUUGCGCAGGAGCAGUACCGUGUUGCGGUUCUUGGGCUGGCUCCGGUUGAGCGGGCGCGGCCGCCGGAGGAUUUGGAAGCCGUGCUGAGUGCGUUCUUCGAGCGGCUAUGGUUCAAGCAGUUGUGGCCGCUGCAAGAGGUAGCGCUUCCGGAACUCGCUAGGGUGCGCUUCAUGUGCGGGGACAAAACGACAACGGGAGCGCGGAUAGCCCAUCUCUCGAAACUCGAUCAGGGAAAGGGGUGGGAUGUCGGCAGGCUAUCCCGUUUGGCCCCGUCCACAGGGACGCAUGGCAAGCAGAAGCACUCGUGUCUCCUGGAUAUUCUCCUCGAAACCCAGCAUCUCCAGUGCGAGGACCCGAGGGACAAGAUCUUUGCGGUUCUCAACAUCGCCAAGCGUUUAGACAAGGCCGCCUUUGCCCCCUGGUAUUCGCCGGACUACGGACAAACGGUAGCCCAGGUCUACGCCACCUAUUCGUCUCUGUUCAUCAAAAGCCACGGGCUGGGGUUUAUACUCGCCCUCAUCAAGUCUCCACCAAACGUGCAGGGUUUGCCAUCGUGGUCUACCGACUGGACUGUCCCGUGGCCGGACCAAAGGGCGCUUGUAGACAUGGAAUCCCCGCGCCUGCCCAGGACGGCAAACGAGAAGGAUGACGGCUUGCAGUUCGACGUGGGCGAAGACGGACAGUUGGUAAUGACGCUCGUUCGGCCCAGGGUCGUCAGGGGCUUCUUUGCCAGGGAUGGUGCUUUAACCGGCACGAUGCGGUCGAUCGAAAACGUCCGCCAACUGCGCAUGGAUGAGGUGCUGGUUGAAGUCCACCCCGGAUUGGCCUUGCUGUUACGUCAGAAGAAAGGGAAGCCGGAACACUACUCCUUUUCACGGGUGUGUCCCCAUGCCCUAACGCGAGAGGGUGUUGAGAAAGCAGUGGCAAACUGGAGGAGCGUGGUUUUGCAGGAAAGUGCCGAUCCUCUGGGUGCUGGGCCAUCGCCCAAGGGGUAUUUGAGUCUACCCGGUGUAUACAAGAUUAUGUAA